CAAGGCAAAGUUUUGUGAUCAAAGUUGACUCUCUAGUGACUCUAGAACUACUAUUUUAGUAACUAGAGUUGUCUAAAUAUAGAUAGAUCUAUAGAAUCUAGAGAUUCAUGAGAAUCUAAGCAAGCAGACAAAAGCACUCUUAUUUAAAAAUCUAGAGGCUAGACAUUGUCUAGUCUGGUAUUGAUCUGUCCCAGAUAAAUUACACAAUCAUGGCACAACUGGGACGAAUUUUAAAACUUGCAAAUCGGGGCUCUAACAGUUACAGUAGUCUUCAAAGUCUUGCAAGAUUAUAUUCUACUGCUCAGUAUGAAAACAUCAAAGUGGAAAAAAAGGGAGACAAGCAGAAUGUCUUGCUGAUCCAACUCAACAGACCCAAAGCUCUCAAUGCUCUCUGUAAUAGCCUCAUGUCUGAACUAACAAAAGCCCUCCAAGAGGCAGAAGCUGAUAAAGAUAUUGGUGCUGUCGUUCUAACAGGAAGUGAACGAGCAUUUGCAGCUGGUGCAGACAUCAAAGAAAUGCAAACAAUGAACACAUUCUCUGAUGUUUACAACUCUGACUUCUUAAAAGGCUGGGAAGCUGUAGCCAGAUGUCGCAAACCAGUUAUUGCAGCUGUUAAUGGAUAUUCUCUGGGUGGAGGCUGUGAGCUGGCAAUGAUGUGUGACAUUAUCUACGCUGGAGAGAAAGCUCAGUUUGGACAGCCAGAAAUUACAUUGGGAACCAUUCCUGGUGCUGGAGGAACUCAGAGAUUAACAAGAGCUGUGGGAAAGUCAAAAGCUAUGGAGAUGGUGCUCACUGGCAAUAGAAUAUCAGCACAAGAAGCAGAGAAAGCUGGUUUGGUUAGUAAAGUUUUUCCCCCUGAUCAAGUUGUAGGCGAAGCAUUAAAAACAGCAGAAAAAAUUGCCAGCUUCUCAAAGACCAUUGUAGCUAUGUGUAAAGAAGCAGUGAACACAGGCUAUGAACUUACACUAGCUGAAGCCAUCCAUUUUGAAAAGAGAUUGUUUCAUGCAACAUUUGCCACAAAUGACAGGAAAGAAGGAAUGACAGCCUUUGUUGAAAAAAGAUCCCCCAAUUUUAAGGAUUCAUAAAUUUGUGAUCAGCAAAUGUUUCUUCUAGAUUUUGUUAUUCUUUACUAUUAUGUGUAAAUUCAUAAAGUAUUAAACAGCUUGAACCUAACAAA